AUGGCCAAUACUCACCAGAACCCACCGGCAGAGACGCCAGCAUCUUCCUUACAAAUGGAGCCGCCCCAGAUACGUACCCAUUUUGCUGACCAUCAGGUCCUUGUCAAGUACGGGCACAGGCAAUCAGGGGUAAAGAUCUUUUUCCUCAGUCAGUUUACCAAACCUGGUACCUUGCAAUCCGCCACAUACAUCGACCAGACAGACCUUGACUGGUCGAGAUUUAAAACUGUCCUCAAAGCUUCAUUCAGUGGCACUGAACAUAAUGUCAAUGUCUCUGAUGAACCAACUUGGAUCGGGGCUCUAGCGAGCAUGGUGCCCGGUCCCAUGAUAUUCACUAUCCAAGCCAAAGAUGAAGGUGUUUCCACAGCCAACCCUGUAAUGACCCCACGAGUGACAUUACCUCUACCUCCCCAACCGCCAUCUUUCUCAGUCUUUGAUUUAGGACAACCACGCAGCCUAAUUCAAGCGCCCACUAUUGGUGAAUGUGAGCUGGAGAUGCAGAAGCGGCAGCGUGCGAGCAACUCUGAUGGUGAUGGUCGGGUACGGAAACAUGCCAGGACCAAACGUGUCGGGCGCAGAGCAACACCCUUUCCCUCCCCAGGCCUUGACCUUAGGUUUGAUACGGAAGAUGAAGACUUGGAUAUCAUGCAAGAUCCUGUCCAGAUACACCAAGCCACGCGCAAACGUGCGCGGGAGAGGCGGCAGCAGCAAGCUAGCAACUCUGACGGUAACAGUCCGGAACGGAAGCGAGCCAGGAUUAAAUGUGUUGCGCCCAGAAACGUACACAUUGGCACCAACCCAUACCGUAGGAUUAUGCAUGAUACGGAAGACACAGAGGGAGCCGACAAGGAAGUUGAGGAGGAAGUCGAGGAGGAAGUCAGUAGGUUCCUGGACGAGGUCCUCCAGGAGGCCAUAUUCGACAAACCCGAGGAGGAAACCGAGGAGGAACUCAAUGAGUCCCUGGAUGAGGUCCCCACAGAGGCCUUAUUUGACGAAACCGAGGAGGAAACUGAGGAGGUUUUCAGGGAUACAGAGAGACUCCCCAAUGAGACCGUUGCGCAACCAAAACGGGUUGUAAUUGACCUCACCCUUGAUGACGAUGAUGGUAGUCAAGAUAAAGGAACAGACGUCAACGACGGCCGCCUGGACUUCCCGAGUUCGCCUGAAGUCAACCAAGGGGACACAGAGCCUGCUAAUAAUGACAGUGUAGACAACAUGACCAAUUAUGACCUUGCAGGAGUUUCAGCCUCACUACAGGAGGGAGCAACAGAUGAAUUACAAGCUUUCCGGACCUCAUUUACUGUUGACCGGUGUGAUCAAGAGACCUGGAAGGCCUGCCAGAGGUUCUAUAAGAUCACAGGUGACUACGGGGAAAAGGCCACGGAACUCAUUGAGAUACCUGGACUGAGUCGUCCACUAAAACCUCACCAGGCCUUUGCGGUAUACUGGAUGCUGACUACCGAGAGAACCCAGAAUGGAGGAUAUCUCGCAGACGACAUGGGCCUAGGCAAGACCACUACCGCCAUUGCACUUUGUGUCAUUAGCCGCUGGGUGCGCCUAGCCUGGCAGGCUGUGGAGAAGUCAUUGUUAGACAACGACGGCAGACAUCUCUCACCUGAUGAUCAAAAACCUGGUGAUGAGUGCCCAAGCGCUGCAGACUUCCCUAUAUGCUGUCCAUGCGUGCGGGAAGGCCCUACUGCUAAAUACACAGCAGUCCACAAUGGCUUAAACUUGGUUGUUGUCCCUAAGCGCCUCAUUCCUGUGUGGGUGAAGGAAUGGAAUGACACAGUCAAACCACAUGACUUGCUGCGUAUGCACCUGCUACUUGGGCAUGGUACACAGAUCAAGGGCAUAAGGACUGUUACAGAAUUUCAGCACAAAGAUUUACUCAUGAUCCCAGAGGCUAAAGAGUGGCUUCAUGCCCAUGCAUGUCUGGCAAGCCGUGAUAAAACACUGGGUACAGACAAAAUGAAAGCACUUAAACUGGCUUCUGAGGAGGAAUGUGGUACAAUCCCUAAAGAUGCAGACCGGUUUGUCAUCCUGUCAGCUCCCAGAAGUGUUGAAAGGCAUGUGCUGCAACCCUUGACCCUGUCCGGCCGGGCCCCCGCCCCUAAAACAGGCGCGGGCUCACGCAGCCAAGGGGACAAAGUCAGCGUGGUCGGCGCGCGAUUUGGGCGGGCAUUCCGGGAUGAGUGCCAUGAGGAGAAGGGUGAAGGAACCACCUUCAAGCUUUUUAAGGAGUUGCGCUCCCCAGCUUUAUGGAUGUUAAGUGGCACGCCAUUUGAGACAUCACCCAGCGACAUAGCCCCCUACAUCAAAUUACUCGAGAGACCUUCAUGGAAGGAGAAUGUGGCACUGCAAUACUGCACCUCUGAACGGAUCAAGAAUCUUGGGCAGCGAUUCUCCAGGCUGGCAAACAAAGCCGAUGCUCAGCUAGGUCUCCUCACUGAGGAAUUCAAGCUGAUCCUGAUCACACUGGGGUUUAUCCGCCGAACUGUUGAUUCCAGAUGGCAUGAAGACAUGAUUAUUAAACUGCCUCCGGACCAAAGAAUCAAUGUGGAGUGUCCCAUCCCACAGCAAUACCGUGAUGCCAUGAGCCAGAUGGAUUCUGAUGUUUCCAGCGAACUGGAUCGGAUCCAAUUGUCUGAACAGCAGGCUCGGAAGGAGGGCAGUAAGAAAUACUUCAAACUCUCUGCAGCAGGUGCCCGGAAGCUCGGGCAGCUCCGGAUCAUCACCAGCUUCCCAGGACUUCUGGACCUUGCUGACCAGUUAGGUGGUAUUGAGAAGCUAGCCUUCUCUAUGGACGAUCUCGUUAGACUAAAAUGGCCUGAAAACCCAGGGGCGUGCCCAAUCAUGCAGAACCUAGACAUGGUCAUGGAUGGGUCGUCCAAGUUUCAAUAUCUGUGCGGAAUGAUCAAUGAGGGCCUUACUGACAACCUGGGCAGACCAGAGAAGCUCUUGAUUAUGACCAAGCAUCCUGUCACAGUAUUUAUCCUAAGCCUGGCCUUAGCAAAAACAUUUCCUGAGCAACAUGUGAAGGCGUUAUGGGCAACUGAUAAGAAUCGCCAGAGCUAUGUGGAUGCUUUCCAGAAUUAUAACACCGGAGCCGAAGUUGAAGACGAUCGCAGGAAGAUUCGAAGUCCAGGCAUCCUUGUGUCCACCACUGGGGUCAUUGGGACCGGCUAUACCUGUACUCGUGCGUUCCGGGCCGUCCUCUUUGAGCCUGAUUAUCUGGAGGGUGUUGAAGAGCAGGCGUUUGCGCGAAUUCGCCGAAUGGGCCAGAAUAACCCCCGGACAACAUGCAUCCGGUUUGUUGGGAAUCGCCGGCAACUCAAGGCAGCAUCUGAGCGGGAUGGCAACCACAAUGCGCGGAAUCUCACCAUGCAGGAGCUCUUCAUGAAAUUUCAGGCUAAAUGGCCAUGUUGA